AUGAAUUCUCAAGCCCAGUCGUUAUUGACGCAACGGUCAGCACCCGCGACCGUAGGGCCGUAUGGGAAGGCUUCGUUGGAGUCCUCCAAAGGACUGCAUGGAGGAAUGAGAUACAAGAUUAAUAAGAACAAUGAAGUGUGCAGUGUUGAAUCCCCUGAUGGUCGGUAUCUACGUGUGUCAAGUGUUUCAAAGUCCAGGUUUAUCUAUCGAUCAGAGCCGGGGUCAUCUGACCAAAGGUUCCACGUUAGUGAUGAUGUUUACCCUAAAGGAGCGCGUGAACUUUACGAUUGCCUUCAACUAGAAAUCAAACGUCGAGAAGCUCUUCUGUAA